AUGCCCAUGCGCGACUACGUGCAGAUGGCUCGACAUCUGGCGUCGUGCAUUGUCACGCAUCCCACGGACAAGUACACACAAGUGAAUGUGUUUAUUGAUGGCAUGCGUGAAGGGCAGACUUGCCUAUCGCUGGAACGCGCGGAGCCUGCCACGUUGGAGGAGGCUUUCGCUAUCGCCUUCCGUGAGGACUUCAGAGUCACCAAGGCCUAUAACAAGCCUUCAAGUGUUACCGAUGUCAAGUCAGCGGGCCUGAAACAUAUGGAGAUAGAUGCAAUUGAGUCGUCGAGUGACCGACGACGCGCUACGUUCUACAAGGGCGACGUCCGUAGCGGACGCCAGUUGAUUAGCUUUCGAUGCCGAAAGCCGGGAUAUCGCGCGGCUGAAUGCCGCGCGCCAGCACCGAUGUCGGUACACGCGACGGACACCCAUCAUAAGGGAGGUGCUCCGCUAACUCGUCCAAAAAACGGACGAGAUCAGUAG